UCUUUUCACAAGCCUGCUUUCACAAUUGCGAUGGCAUCUAGGUAUGUACUUGUCUUUCCAUUCAUCGUUUCAAAUACAAAUACUUCAAUAAAAAAUUGAGUUUUUGAAGUGACAGUCCUGUCUGAAUGCUCUAUUUAUGCAGUAGAUGCCAGAUUUGAAUAAAUGUUUUCAUCUAAGUAGUUUUAUUGAGUUUUAUUUACGAAAAUAGUUAAUGUUAAAAAUGAGUAUGUCAUCAACUCGGACGUUUUAACCUCGAUUGACACCUGUGGAUUGCUGAGGGAAUCUAAGAAUAAAAUUUAUUGAUUUGUCUUCAUUUCUUUUAAUCGGUUCUAGUUGCUUUCGCUGAAAAUUGUUAAACUGAAAAUGAUUUGAAAAAUAUUGGUAUUUUAAAGAGUUAUGACCAAAAACUGAAUUUUGCAUAUAUUGUUAUGAACAUGAACUGAAAUAACGUUAAAAGAAGUAACCAGCUAAUUUGGAUCCAGUCAUUUUAUCAAAUGUAUUUUCCAUGAUUGUCCAGAAAGGCAAGUGAAGACUCGUGCAGUUUUGUAAACUAUGCGGAGCGGUCUUCACCAGUACAUCAGUAUUCUUCAUAUUCUUCUCCUGAUAACUCCUUUUGUAAACUCGACGAUGCCCGAAACAGUCAUUGAGGCUUUGGUGGAUGGUAGUGCCAAAAUGCCGUGUGAUGUUUUACAAAGACGAGACGACAGUGUGGAAUUUAUUUUCUGGUACAAGAAUGAUGGCGUCACAGCACUUUAUACUCUGGAUGCACGUGACAGAAAGUUAAUUGACGCCUAUCACAUGAAGAACGAGACGUAUAGUGACAGAGUCCAAUUUCACGUGGAUGGAAAUGAUCUCUACUUGGAGAUGGACAAAUUAAAAGAAGAGGACACGGGUUCAUAUUUCUGCAGAGUAGACUACCAGUGGUCUGCUACAGAACUCAAGAAAGUUAGCCUAAUAGUAGUUGUACCCCCCAAAAAAGUGAUAAUCCGUGAUGACUCAGAUCAAGAAGUGAGUGAUGUUGCUGGGCCUUACAAGGAAAAAUCAGAUGUUUCUUUGUUGUGCGAAGCUCAAAAAGGUUAUCCAUCACCCAAUGUGACAUGGUGGAAAGAUAACAAGUUGUGGGAUAACACUUUUAAGAAAGUAUCUGGUAAUGUGAUAAAUGAAAUGAGACUGACAAAUAUUAGUAGAGCAGAUCUUUUUGCUACUUUCCAUUGUAAGGUUCAAAAUACAAAAUUAGACCUUCCAAUUACAAGAACAAUAAUUUUAGAUUUAUACUUGUAUCCCUUAACUGUGAAGAUAACAAGCAAAGUAUCAGCACUUUCAGCAGGACGUGUGGUCGAGAUGAGUUGUGAAACAAUAGGGUCUCGUCCUUCAGCCAAAGUCACGUGGUGGCUAAAUGGAACUCUUCUAUCGGAUCAUAUUGAAACCGUCCAUGACAACGUCACUUCUUCUGUCCUACGCAUUCAUCCCAAACUCCAAUACCACAAAUCCCCUCUCGUCUGCAGAGCAGAAAAUCCCAAACUAUAUCACAGUCAUGUAGAGAACAUAAGAUUGCUCAAUAUUACGUUCUUACCUCAAGUGUCUCUGAGACUAAUUAAAGAAGAAGAAGAUCGAAUGCCAAAAGAAGAUGAUUUCAUCAGGUUGAUAUGUGACAUUGUUGCCAAUCCACCAGUUUUGAAAAUUGGUUGGCAAUUCAAUGAUCUACCACUAUCUCACAAUGAAUCUCAAACAGUCAGUGGCGAUACUUUAUUUUUAAGAGAUACGAUCGAUUUUAGGAGACUCUCAAGGCGUAAUGCGGGCAAAUACAGAUGUUCUGCCCUCAACGAUGAAGGACGAGGAUAUAGUCAGGAGAUGAUAUUGAAUAUUAGUCACGCACCUGUUUGCAAAGAAAAUCAACAAAUUACAUACGUAGUCGGACUUAACGAAAGUGUAAUUGUCAGGUGCGAAGUCGAAGCUAUGCCUACUGAUGUCACUUUUAAGUGGGAAUUUAGCAACACUGUUCGUAAACAUUAUUAUCUUCAACACGUCAGUGAGGGAGUUGUUAGUAACGCCACCUACCGGCCUAUGAAUUUAGCAGAUUAUGGAACUCUUUUUUGCUGGGCAAACAAUAGUAUUGGUCAUCAACAAUCAUCUUGUUUCUUCACAGUAAUAGCACCAGCUUGUAAAACAGAUAAGGCUAAUGCUAAUGCAUCAACAUCAUCAAGGGAUGGAAGUGACAGUAUAUGGCAACACUCAGCAAUCACAGCUGGAGCUGGUGUCGUUAUCUCCAUUCUCAUCAUCUCUGUAAUAUCUGCCAUUUACUUCAGAAGAAUGUACAUGGAGAAAAAGAACAGGCCUAUGGGAGUUGCAUAGCUGAAAUACUUGAUGAUUUGUGAAAUGCAUGUGUGUUAUGCUCAAUGCCAAGUUUGGUAAAAGAAUGAAUAUUCUCGUCGUAAAUAUACGUGGCAUCAAAGUUUUUCAUCCACCUUUAGAAAAACUAUAUUACUGCCAAAUGUGAUUUCAAUAAAAAAAAAUAAUUUGUUGCUCUGGUACAGUGAUUACAUUAAAUAAUAUUACAUAUAUUUAUCACUUGUUGAUUAAUGGACGAAAUAUAUGAUUUGAUGCUUUUUUAUUUAAUUUGUGUUGAUGUUGAAGCUUGCAUUUUAAUUAAUGAUUGUUCUUCAUAAAUUGUAUUUGUGUUUCUUACUUAUAAUUUGAAAGAGUAAAUAAAAUGUGAUAUUAUCCUUAGA